AGAGACGGACUGCGUACUAAGGUACCAACUUAUUCAUCCUUGCGCCUUGUGGCCUUAGGCUUGUAAUGCAGAUUGCAGCCAUGCCUCGGCUAGAUGAGGUUUAACUGAGCGAGCGUGGCAAUCGAUGUCCUUCUCCUGAACCUGGCUCUACAGCUUCGAUUGUCUCGGCAUCGUCUGAUUGACUGAAAGUACAGAAACCAUGCUGGCUAUACGAAGCACAGCACGGCUCACUUCCCGGAUCUGCCCUGUGAGCUUUCCCCGUAUCCUGCGACCAUACUCAACUGAGCUGUCUGGCUACGAAUACAUCAAUAUCAGCACACCAAGACCUGGCGUCGGUCUGGUCACCUUCAACCGGCCUAGAGCCCUCAACGCCCUGUUCACGCCACUCUUUCGUGAGCUGAAUGACGCCCUCAGGAAGCUCGACAAAGAUGCAGAAGUUGGUGCUGUUGUUCUGACCGGCUCCGAAAAAGCCUUUGCUGCCGGUGCGGAUAUCAAGGAAAUGAAAGACAAGACAUUCUCUGAUGCAUAUGGCGACGAUUUCAUUGAGCUGUGGUCCGAAAUGGCCUCUGCCAUAAAGAAGCCCGUCAUCUCGGCUGUCAAUGGAUACGCGCUAGGAGGCGGAUGUGAGCUUGCCAUGAUGGCGGAUAUCAUGUAUGUCUCCAUGGGCGCGACGCUAGGUCAACCAGAGAUCAAGCUAGGCAUCAUACCGGGUGCUGGCGGCUCUCAAAGAUUGACAAAGGCUGUUGGAAAGAGCAAAGCUAUGGAGCUCAUUUUGACUGGCAACAACUUCUCAGGAAAAGAGGCUGAGCAGUGGGGUCUAGCUGCCAAGGCAUUUCAGACUCCUGAAGAGUGUUUAGAGGGAGCAAUUACGACCGCAGAAAGGAUUGCAUCAUACAGCCGGAUUGCUGUCAAGGCCGCGAAGGAGGUUGUCAAUAAGAGCCAGGAUCUUGGAGUGCGAGAAGGUGUUGAGUACGAGCGAAGAGUAUUCCACGGCAUGUUUGGAAGUAAGGAUCAGAAGAUUGGCAUGGCGGCAUUUGCGGCUAAGCAGAAGCCGGAAUGGGAGAAUGCUUAGCUUUCACUAUUUGACAAGACAAAUUCCAACCAAACAUGUACACAAGACUAUACUUACGCAACCUAGUGCGGAAAGGGAUUUGAUUAAUCUGCCUCUGCACCAUCUCGCCAGCUUACCCCGUUACCACAGAUGCUGGUUUAUCGUGUCGACCACUCAAAAAGCUUCAUUCGACGUGCUAGAUAUAUGGUGCGGUCCUUGCAAUUACCGCUGUAAGCAUGACGUCUUGCCCUGCCCUGUACCAGGAUGACACGGAAAACACUAGGAUACAGGCAAAGGGCACCAUUAGAAUCGUCUUCGAGAUGACAAUGCAUUGUCGAACACCGAUCUUGAUUCAUGGUCUGCUGUAAUGUGGUAUGUGCACAACUUACUAUAACCUCAAAUAUGCUGCCUAUGUAGACUCGGACUAUGAACAUCUAGCGAGUCAGCCUCCGUAUCUCCCCU